UGAAAAACCGAAAUAAUCUAGGUUAGACAAUUCGAAAAGACCUCAUUAAUUCACAAAAACUCAGGGAUUUUUAUGCAUAGCAUCUCACCAUUAACGACCAAACGAUAUUCCAGCAACUAUGGCGUCCACAAAGAUCACAAUAAUACCGCCAAUGUACCAAAGAAUUAUGUCGAGAUUUCCGCAGGAUUUCACCUUUUGCUUCGCCUACGGAAGCGCUGUAAAGAAGCAGCUCGAAAACGAAAACAAACAGAACAUGAUCGAUUUAAUAUUCGCCGUAAAAAACCCAAGCGCGUGGCACGAAGCCAACCUUAAAGAGAAUUCUAGCCAUUACAGUGGCAUUAAGUAUUUGGGGCCGGGUAUGGUUGCCAAAUAUCAGCAGAAUUUCGGCGCAAAAGUUUACUUUAACACCCUCGUGCCUUUGGGUGAUGUUACUGUUAAGUAUGGAGUCAUCAGUACUGAUGAUUUGGUUACUGACUUGCUGGAGUGGUCACACUUGUAUUUGGCUGGUAGGCUGCACAAACCUGUGGAGAUUAUCAAAAAGCCCUUGAGUACUGAAUUAGACACUGCACUACAAUUAAAUUUACAGUCUGCAGUGCAUGCAGCAUUGUUGGUUUUGCCUGAGGCAUUCACUGAAUAUGAAUUCUAUCAUGCCAUAUCAAAUCUAAGUUAUGCAGGUGAUUUCAGGAUGACUUUUGGUGAGAACAAAAACAAGGUUGAAAACAUUGUUAAGCCACAAUUGAUAGGGUUCCGUAAUUUGUACAAACCUUUCAUAACAUCAAUGUCUGAUUACCUGGAUUACCCAGUGUUCAAACCAAAAAGUGACCAAGACUCAUGUGCAUCCACUGAAGAAGUGUCAGAUGAUCCCACACUAGUGUUCUGUUCACAAGAUGUAAAUCCACUGGCAAAACUUCAUCAUUUAAAUCAGCUGCCCAGGUGGCCACAAAAGGCACUCACCAGGUUCUGGAACAGGGGCAGUCUGAGACAAGACACAGAAGAUGUACUGAGGGCUGUGGCCUAUGAUCCAGACUGUAGUGCUAUUGUUAAAUUGUGCAUUUCGGACAUUGUGUGGAAGUCUUCAGUUACUCAGAGUAUUAAAGGAAUCGCGACCGCAGGACUCGUGAAAAGUGUCAAAUAUAGUACAAAAAAAAUACAGAAAAUGUUUGCCUAGUUGUUGUUUUCUUUAGUUCGUUCAAUAAAC